AUGUCAGAAUACGUAGCUUUCGAAAUCCAAGCGGAAAUCAUCAAAAAACUCCCGGUGAAGUCAUUGCUUCGAUUCAGAUCCGUAUCAAAACCAUGGAAGUCUUUGAUCGACAUCUCAGAGUUUAUCUCUGGUUACAGAGUCCACCAACCUGAUCCACAACAUCUACUUGUAUGGUACAAAGAUCCAGUAGACACAAACGAAAACUCUCAGGGAUUGCUAUGUUUCUACGGUUAUUAUCAAGAUCCAAGUCAUCCUCGUUUUAAAUUCUCAACAGAAAUGGCUGUUCUUUGGAAUCCCUCCAUUAGAAAAUCAAUCUGUGUAACUGUUCCAGGUGAGUCACUUUGGUCAAAAUUUGUUCUUGGGUUUGGGGUUUGUCAUAUCACUAACGACCCUACCAUUGUCAAGAUUACAAAUGUUGAUACGUAUUCUACAACUGAUGAUGAUAGUUCUCCCAUGGUUGAAGUUUUUACAUUGAGUAAAGGUAGUUGGAGAAUUCCAUCUAACAAUCUGCCUAAGAAAUCAAUUCAAGUUACAUGGUCUCAAGUAGUUAUAGAUAAUUUUAUCUAUUGGGCUGCUUUUGAUCAGUAUCUUGAUGAUGAUGAUGAUGAUGAUGAUGAUGAUGAUGAUGAUGAUGGCCAGAUACAAAAAAAUCUGAUUGUUUCAUUUGAUAUGACUACCCAUGAAUUUAAAGUGAUAGAUCUACCAAAAAGUUUAGCAUACCAUGGUUUUGUACGUGUUACACAAUCUGUCUCUAAGGUACGUGACUCUCUUGCUGUGCUUGAAUACAUUACAUACACUGAUUCACAAUUAGAAAGUGAACUCCAAGUUUGUGAUGCAUGGAUUAUGGAUCAUUCUAUUCCUCAUAUGUUUACAAAGUUGUUCACCAUUGAGAAAGAAUGUGAUUCAAUAAAGAUUCUGGGAUUUACAAAGAGGGGUGAAGCUAUGAUGGAAACACAAGACGUUUAUGAAGAACCAGCCUCACUUGUUGUCUAUGAACCCAACUCAAAAUACUUCAAUGAUACAGGGAUUAAUGGAGAACGUGGUGCAUUAAUUGUUAGCUUGUAUAUGGAAACACUACUUCUGCUUGAUCAGUCAGAUUGUAGUGUCUUGUAG